AGGUUGGGGCAUAUAAAAAGGAGUGAAUAACGGACGGUGCAGAUAAAGAAAACCAAAGCUUAAGGUCUCAUCUUGAACGUCUCCUUCUUCCUCUCUUCUCCAGCGUCCGAUCUCCUCUUUGGGGAAAAAAAUCCAUCGAUUCUCUUCUCCACGCGCGCCAAAUACAAAGCGUUUCUUGAUUGCUCUCUCUCAGGGUUUCUCGACCUAGGAUUUCUACAGUCAUGGCCGAAGGUCCGGCUAGUCCUGGCGGUGGUAGCCACGGCAGCGGUGAUCAGAGUCCCCGUUCGAACGUUCGAGAGCAGGACAGGUACCUGCCGAUCGCGAACAUCAGCCGGAUCAUGAAAAAAGCUCUACCUGUGAACGGGAAAAUUGCCAAGGAUGCCAAGGAAACGGUGCAAGAGUGCGUCUCUGAGUUCAUCAGUUUCAUCACCAGCGAGGCAAGCGAUAAGUGUCAGAGAGAAAAGAGAAAGACGAUUAAUGGUGACGAUCUGCUUUGGGCGAUGGCGACGUUAGGGUUCGAAGAUUAUAUUGAUCCCCUUAAGGUGUACCUGAAUCGGUACAGAGAGAUGGAGGGUGAUACCAAGGGAUCCGCUAAGGGUGGUGAUAAAAGGGAUGUUGUUGGAGUUCAACCUGGUCCAAGUGCACAGGUUGUUCCUCAUGGAUCCUUCACGCAGGGCAUGAACUAUAUGAAUUCUCAAUCACAGGGACAGCAUCUUAUGCUUCCCAUGCGAGGCACGGAAUAAUAAGUUUUCUCAUGCAUUGUGACCAAAUCAUGCUGAAUUCAAUUAGUAGAUCUUGUUUCGCACCCAGAAUGAAUGUUAUAAUAUUUCUGAUCCGAGCAGCAGUUUAGGUGGUGGUGUUGAUUUCAAGGCAGAGGGGCCUCAGGUUAAUUCUUUGAAGCUUCUGUAUAUUUGGGUACUUCAAGUAAGACUAACCUGUGGAAGGAAGACAUUUGAAGGGUUUAUUAUAAUAUGCUGCGAUUCUCAAGCUGUAUAGAGGAAAAUUUCGUGGUUAUUAAUUCUGUUUGGUUUAUUUUGGUGCUUGAGAUGGGGACUGCUAUGUGGGUGAUUUUUUCAAGCUGCAUUGCUUCAUGUAUGUUCAUGCACUCUUUUGGUCUAUUAACUGUUUCGGUACUCA